UCUCUCUCUCUCUCUCUCUCUCUCUCUCUCUCUCUCUCUCUCUCUCUCUCUCUCUCUCUCUCUCUCUCUCUCUCUCUCUCUCUCUCUCGCUCUCUCUCUGUCUCGCUGCUUGUCCCGUUGUCAGGCUAAUUGAUGGAAAGUCCAAGGGAAGAUAAGAAAGUUUGAGAAGAAGAGGCUCUCACCAGCUGGAGAUCUUCUAUCGAGGAAGACUUUGGAAACUGUUUGCAAGCUCACUUGUUAAAAAGACAUGCAGCACAAGCCCGUGUGUGCGGGCUGCCACAGGCCCAUCACAGACAGGUUCCUGCUCCAGGUCAACACCGACGGCCUCUGGCACGAAGAGUGUGUACGCUGUGCGGCGUGUGGAGACGCGCUGCAGAACUCAUGCUUCGUGCGGGAGCAGCAAUUGUACUGCAAGAAGGACUAUGCUGAGCUGUUUGCGGUGCGUUGUGGUGGCUGUACAGAUACCAUCUCCCCCACAGAGCUGGUGAUGCGUGCUGGGGCCGCCGUCUUCCACGUACAUUGCUUCGCCUGUAAUGUGUGCUCCACCCCACUGAGGACCGGAGACCGCUGCGUCCUCAGGGGCGGCCGGCCAGUGUGUGCCAGAGAGGACUACCACCGUUGUGGGGCCAGCCCCACAUCAUCCGAUACCGGUAAAAGUGAUGAUGAUGAUAUUCAGGAUGAAGAGGAAGAGUCUGGGAAGAUUACAGAAAGACAGAUUGGAGGAUCGGAGGAGCGGGAACGCAAACGUCCCAAAAGACCACGCACUAUUUUAACCACGCAGCAAAGACGCGUCUUUAAAGCCUCAUUCGAGGUCUCAUCCAAGCCUUGUCGUAAGGUCCGGGAGACCUUGGCAGGAGAGACCGGCCUUAGUGUCCGGGUCGUGCAGGUCUGGUUCCAGAACCAAAGAGCCAAGAUGAAGAAACUAGCCAGGAGACAACAACAACAGGAACAGGAACAAGAACAACAGCAGGGAGAACCACCACAUGACAAAGCGCCUCCCAGUGGUUGCCUUACCUCUCAGCUGGAGCACCUGGGGUCCUCCCACUCCCACGUCCAGCAGCAGAUGGGACCCACAACCGUGGAGCAGCAGGACUAUGACACGGACCCCUUCCGACAGGGCCUGACCCCCCCUCAGAUGCCAGGAGAUCACAUGCACCCCUACGGUUUUAAUGAUGAGCUUUACGAUGACGUGGCCGAGGGCUAUUGUUUGUCCCUGGGCAACACCUGCCUUCUCACGCCCAUGGACCGCCUCUACUCCAUGCAGGACGCUUACUUCGCUUCUUGAGAGACUUAAUGACUUGUUAAUCAAGGAUAACACAGGAGGUGUCGCUACACUGUGAUACACACGCACUAGUGGUGUUCAUCUAGUUACAUACCAUGACGUACCUUCUCCUCUCACUGUACUUGAAUGCCACACAAUGAGAUUACAAAGGAAUGUUUAAAUACUGUGUAAAUACUGUAGCUGUUUGAAUGCUUAUUUAUUCUUCUUGCAGUGUGUGUUCACUUUGAAUGAAUGAUAGCAAUAAAUAAUGGCAAUGCUUCCCAAAAAUUAUCUUUUUAUAUUUUUCUUCUUACUUUUUGUUUAAAUUUUCUCUUCUCAGCUGCUCUAAAAUAUGUGACUUUUUCUGUCAUGGUGGCAUCUCUGGAGGAUCAUAGCAGUUACUCAGCUCACUUUCCAACAAUUCGGAAUUCCACCAAACCAUCAUCUAUCCAUUUUCUAUACCGCUUAUCCUCACGAGGGGCAUGGGCUUGCUGGAGCCUACCCCAGCUGUUUUUGGGCGAGAGCCAGGGUACACCCUGGACUGGUUGCCAGCCAAUCACAGGGCACAUAUAGACAAACAACCAUUCACACUCACAUUCAUACCUGUGGACAAUUUGGAGUCACCAAUUAACCUAGCAUGUUUUUGGAAUGUGGGAGGUCUAUCCAUCCAUCGAUUUUCUGUACCGAUUAUCCUCACAAGGGUCCCCAGCUGUCUACCCAGACAAAACACACGUAUG